GCACCCACGCUGAGGCAGCUACGCUACCAUUAGUCGCGUUUUGGCGAAGUUGCGAGAAGGAACUGCUGCCGGUCGUUUUUUUAUUAGCUUUUGGUGACAUUUUGUGUGAGUCGAAAAAGAAAUUUGUGUGUGUGUGUGUGUUUAUGGAAGGCGUUCCAGCUGAAAUAUUUUGGGAAUUAUGGUGAAUAUUUUGCGUGUGUGUUGAUGGAAAGCGAUUCCGGCGGAUUGGGUGGCGAAACUGUGUGUGUGUUUGUUUAUGGAAAGGGAAAAAUCUAUUAGCCCCCGCUAGGGGGACUCUCUCUUGCGCCUACCAGCAGCCGCCAGCCGGCCGUGUUGUUGACAAGUGAUAGUUCGUCGUCAUGUCUUUUCAUUGGAAUUUUCAUGUCUUCUCAGCACACUUGUAAGUUUUGGCAUGUUAAAGUAUUUUGUGUAAUUGUUACAUCAUGAUGAAAACAUGUGCUACAUGUGUGUUGAUGGAAAGCGAUCUAUUUGCAUUUAGACUGACUGAGAGCUAUCAGUUUUUCCUUUCGAGAAAAAUAAAAGGCCAACACCAUGGUUAAAAAAGGGUUUUUGUUAACCAUGCUCAAAGUUGCCACUACUCGUGUAUCAUCCAAGCUAUCAUGUGUGUUGAUGGAAAGCGAUCUAUUUGCAUUUAGACUGACUGAGAGCUAUCAGUUUGUCCUUUCGAGAAAAAUAAAAGGCCAACACCAUGGUUAAAAAAGGGUUUUUGUUAACCAUGCUCAAAGUUGCCACUACUCGUGUAUCAUCCAAGCUAUCAUGUGUGUUGAUGGAAAGCGAUCUAUUUGCAAUUAGACUGACUGAAAGCUAUCAGAUUGUCCUUUCGAGAAAAAGUUAUUACUUCAUCCUAACUUCAUCCAUUGUGCAAUAACAUUUAUUCUAUUAUCUCUAGAUGUUGGCCUGCACCUUCGAUCCUGCCUUGGGAGGUCGCUCUAUCGAUAUUGCCAUCGCUCAUCAAUUGGCACAAGGAUUUAACAAGCCAGGAAGCGAUGUGACCAAAAACAAGGGUUCCUGGAUUCGUCUCUUAGCUGAGGUUGAUAAAUUGAAACGUCAAAUGUCUGCGAACGUCUCUGCCCUUCCUAUUAACGUCGAAUGCCUGAUCGAUGAAAGAGAUUUCUCUGCAAAGAUGAAAAGAUCCGACAUGGAAGAGCUUUGCGCCCCUCUCUUCGAACGAGUUGAAAAAACAUUGCGACGAUGUCUUGCCGAAUCGGGACUGAAACAGGAAGAUAUUUCUGAGAUUGAACUUAUUGGUGGCUCGACUCGUAUCCCAGCUGUCAAAUCACUAAUCGAGCAGGUCUUUGGCAAACCACCCUCCACAACUCUGAAUCAGGACGAAUGCGUUGCCCGUGGCGCUGCUAUUAUGGCUGCCAUGCUGUCUCCCAGUUUCAAGGUCCGUGAAUUCUCUCUUACCGAUCUUCAGCCCUAUGCAAUCAACUUGAAUUGGAGCGGCGAAGACGUUGAGCACGGAGAGAUGGAAGUAUUCCCCAAGUUUCACAGCGUUCCUUUCUCCAAGAUUCUAACAUUCUUCCGAAAGAGUCCUUUUGUGUUUGCUGCUUCGUUGAAUCGUUUCAAGAAAGCGUACACUGCUUACAAUAGCGGUGUUGCAGCCUACGAUCACUGGACGCCCGAAGAAGCAAAGAAGUUGGAACUAGCAAUUGCUGAAAAAGUUUCUUGGUUGGAUGCCAACAUCAGCCGUGUGAAGGCAACUCUUAAGACUAAGGACUUGCCUAUUAAAGCCGCUGCCUUCCAUAGCGAACACCAGGCUUUUGAAAGCAGCAUGAAUCCAGUUUUGAACAAACCCAAACCACAGCCUCCUGCCCCACCGGCUGAAGCUGCACAGUCGGGCAAGCCAGAGGAUGCUGCCAACGGCUCAACAAUAGUGCUCCCAGAAUUGAUCCGCGGACCACAGUCCCGACUCCAUCAUGCGAAAUUAAUUGGCCGUGCAUCACCAACUUAUAUCGGAUGGGCGCUCCGUAUUGAAAACUAUUGCUAAAUUUCAUAAAGCUUUACAUAAUUUUGCUUGGACAAUCAUGUGUAAGUGGUGUAUAAAAUGAAAUGCGUGUUGAAUACAAAUUUUAAAUCGCG